UGUACAAACUGCCAUUUCAAAUUAAGUAAACUGUCACUUUCGAGAGGCACUUCAGUGUGGUCUCUGUGUUUUUGUCUAUUUGUUUUGGUUUUAUCUGUGGGAGUUUUUAGGGAGUGAAAAGUUGAGAAAUAUUCCAGUGCAUCAUCUGAAUCACAAGAAGAAGUGUUUAUUUUGAACAUUUGCCAUCUGUUGUGAGUUAUGCCAGAACCAUGGCAGAGGAGCAACUACCACUAAACUGUGAUGAAGGCUACGACUCAAGGAACUCCACUUUAAGCAAAAAGUCAGACAAGCUGGAGGCUAAGGAAGCUGUCCAGGAUACUCCAAAGGAGGAUGGAAACCAGAAUAAGUGUAAAGAAUGCGAUGAAAGGCGUUCAGAUGAACCAGUAAAGUUGAGUUUUAAAAGAUUUCCGGAGAAUCAUGAGGAGCAGGAGAAGAGAAAACACAUUGAGGCAGCCCUCGAGGAUUCCACCUCAAACCUCGAGACGUGGCGACAAUUCGCACUCUCGGAAUAUGGGCUAAUAAAUGAUGAUCUGAGGAAGAAGGUUUGGCCCCUUCUGGUUAACAUUGAUCCAAAUGAUGUUGAGCCAGCACCAAGUCUCGACGAACUAAAGACACAUCCUGAGUAUAAUCAAGUCAUCCUCGAUGUCAACAGAUCUCUAAAGAGAUUCCCCCCGGGAAUCCCCUAUGAGCAACGUAUAGCUUUGCAGGAUCAGCUCACAGUGCUCAUACUGCGUGUCAUCAUCAAGUAUCCGCAUUUAAAGUACUACCAAGGUUACCACGAUGUGGCCAUUACAUUUCUCCUGGUUGUUGGGGAGGACGUGGCAUUUCACGUGAUGGAAAUCCUUUCGACGCAGCACCUUGUGGAGUGCAUGCAGGAAACAAUGGAGCCAACACAGCGUCGUCUUCUUUUUCUCUAUCCCAUUAUUCGUGGCGAAAAUCAGGCCCUUCAUGAUUUUCUCGAACGUUCAUCCGUUGGCACUCUAUUUGCCCUGCCCUGGUACCUUACGUGGUUUGGACACAGUCUCAACCAGUACCGUGCUGUAGUUCGACUCUAUGAUUACUUCCUGGCCUCUCCCUUCCUCCUGCCCAUCUACGUCACUGCUGCCAUUGUUCUGCACAGGGAAGAUGAGAUCUUCCGCGAAGAAUGCGACAUGGCCAGCAUCCAUUGUCUUUUGUCGCAAUUACCUGAUGACCUGCCUUUUGAAUAUCUCCUGCGUCAUGCUCAACAGCUCUAUGUACGUUAUCCCCCAGCGAAAGUUGAGGAACAGGUCCGUCAGAUGCAGGAGCGUGAGAAGAUAAGGAGGGCCGAGGAAGAAGAGCGAAUGAGGCGUCGACGAGCUGCCAUGCAGAAGAAAAGAGAUCGUCCUGUACCCAUUGGAUUCCUCAAUCGUCUUCUGCCUCAUACUCUUCUCAAUCGACGCAUCGUGCUGGUAACAACGGCCUUUUCCAUCCUCGUCGGCAUUUGCGCCUACUACUACAAGGCCCAGCUGCCCCAACACUUCCGGUCGCUGCCGUAAAUUUUCUCUCUCUCUCCCUCUCAGCUGAGAGGGUAGUUCCUGUUGUAAGUAUUCUUUCUCAAUUACUGAACAGUGUGUGAUUUGUAGCGACUUGGAAGGUUGGAUAUUAAAGUAUUUGUUUUUGAAUGAGAUGAGGCACCUUUUAAGACAUUUUCAUUAGAAUACUUUUUAGCUCAGCCAAUGGCAUAAUGGACAAAAAAGAAAAGUCUUCAAGAGAACGAAUGAGAGAUUGUGAUAAAAAUUGGCAAUCUUUCUUCAUUAACAAAAAAAAGCUACAGAAGCAGACAAUUGAUUGAGUGAAAAAUUAUUCGAAAUAAUUAAUGGAGAUAAGCCAAAAAGUGGCAUAGAAGUCAACUGAUUUCUCUAUUUGAUUAGCUAAAUUGAUAAAAAAAAUUGUUAAAGUUUAUUUUAUUGGGUGAUCGAAUGUAGAUAAGUUAUAUUGCUGUAAGUAAUAAAGAAAUACAAUAUCUUUUAGGAAAUCAAGUAAA